AUGUCGCCGGCGCGCGUGAGGCAGGAGGCAGAGACGGACCGGUCGGAAAUGCCCCUUAUUAAGGAGGAAGCCGAAUUUAUGGAUGAGGAGGUGCGUGUGAAGGAGGAGUGUGAGGACAGCACAGACGGGUGCGGCGUGAGCGAGGCAGCCAUGCUGGCCGGCCUGUACGACGAGCACGUGGUCAAGGACGAGCUCGUGCUGGGGCCGGAGCGCCCGCACCGCCCCACAGUCGCCCCGGUGGUGAGAGCGCCCACUCUUGUCUCCUCUGCUGUGGUGUCGGGUCGGCGCCGCUCGUGCUCGGUCAGGCUGGAGCGCCUGCUGGUGGACGCGGAGCGGCGCACCUGCCGGGUCGGGCGCCGCACAUACAAGCUGCACGCCACCGAGCCCGCACCCACACCCCAUGUCACCACCACCAUCUAUCAAUGUCACCAUUGCGGCAAACGGUUCAGGAGCAAGUCGGUUUUGAAGAAGCACGUACACACUCACUCGCCUUUACAUAAUUCGACCGUAGGGGAUUAUGGUUUAGAACCACAUCAAAUGCUACACGGUGACAAAAAACUAUAUAAAAAGGCUCACAUGAUUAUACACAGAUUACGGAUGACUCACACAGACGAGAAGCCUUUCAGGUGUACAUACUGUGCCUACAAGUGUAAAAGAAAAGCACAGUUACGGAAUCACCUGAUGACUCACACAGAAGAGAAGCCUUUCAGAUGUAGCCACUGUGCUUACAAGUGUAUAAGAAAAGCAGAUUUACAGGCUCACCUGAUCACUCACACAGACAAGAAGCCUUUGAGUUGUAGUCACUGUAGCUACAAGUGUAAAAGAAAAGCACAGUUACAGAGUCACCUGAUGACUCACACAGGUGAGAAGCCUUUCAGGUGUAGUUACUGUACCUACAAGUGUAAAAGAAAAGCACAAUUACAGUUUCACCUGAUGACUCACACAGACGAGAAGCCUUUCAGUUGUAGUCACUGUGAUCACAAGUGUAGACAAAAAACAGAUUUACAGUUUCACCUGAAGACUCACACAGAUGAGAAGCCUUUCAGUUGUAGUCACUGUAGCUACAAGUGUAGAAGAAAAGGAGAGUUACAGAGUCACCUGAUGACUCACACAGACGAGAAGCAUUUCAGUUGUAGUCGCUGUAGCUACAAGGGUAAAAGAAAAAGAGAGUUACAGAGUCACCUCUUGACUCACACAGACAAGAAGCCUUUCAGUUGUUGUCACUGUAGCUACAAGGGUAAAAGAAAAAGCUAUUUACAGAGACACAUGAUGACUCACACAGACGAGAAGCCUUUCAGUUGUAGUCACUGUGGCUACAAGUGUAGAAGUAAAGUAGAUUUACAAACUCACCUGAUGGCUCGCACAGACGAGAAGCCUUUCAGUUGUAAUCACUGGCUACAAGUGUACAAGAAAAAGAGAUUUUCAGACUCACCUGAUGACUCACACAGACGAGAAGCCUUUCAGGUGUAAACACUGUGCCUACAUGUGUAAAAGAAAAUCAAAAUUACGGACUCACCUUAAGAGAAGCCUUUCAUGUGUAGUGUAGCCACUGUAGCUACAAGUGUAGAAGGAAAUUUGGCUUACAGACUCACCUGUUGACUCACACUGGUGAAAAACCUUUCAAGUGCAAGUACUGUGACCCCAGGAGCCGUCGUAAAUUCUAUUCAUCUUGUUCCUAUUAAUGUAUUACUACAUGUACACUUUUUGUAUGAUCCUUACAUUUUGUUUUCAUUCGGCGAUUAAAUGCAUUG